CACAGGCUCCUCUUGGGGAGGGAGCGCCGGGGUCUUACUGUAUAUAAAUGAACCAGGAGGGGCGUCCCGAACUUCUCCGCAAUGUCUUUUCUGAGCAUGGCUGCUGCAGUAAUACUCCUCCUGCUGUGGAUUUUACUGCUGUAUCGUACAGGAGAGAAACAAAGGAGUGGAAAAUCAGACUAUAGUUCAAAUGCUGUUGGCACCAGAAUCCCGUCUUCUGUUUGCCGGUUCCCUCCCCACUCUCUAUUCCCCGCUCUCCCUGGACCCACUCCGCUCCCUGUCCUGGGUAACAUGCUGGAUCUCGCACGAGACCAUCUGCCCGAUCAUCUGACCUCAUUAGCCCAACGUUAUGGAAACAUCUACCGCCUUCAAUAUGGCAAAACAACCAUGGUGGUGUUAUGCAGUGGGGACAUGAUCAGGGAGGCCCUGGUGAAGAAGUGGAGUGAUUUCGCUGGGAGGCCACACUCCUACACAGGUGACUUGGUUUCUGGGGGGGGGUAUUCCAUCUCCCUGGGAGACUACAGCCAGGAGUGGAAGAUGCAGCGUCGCCUGGUCCACAGUGCCCUGCAGCGCUGCUGUCUGAAAUCCCUGCACGCUGUCAUUGAGAAGCAGGCUCUCAACCUGAGGCAGGUGCUGCUGGCCUACAAGGACAACGCUGUGGAUCUCUCAGAGGACUUCACAGUGACAGCAAGCAACGUCAUCACAACUCUCAUCUUUGGAAAAGAAUUCAGCAAAGUCUCCACUGAGCUCCAAAGUCUGCACGGCUGCCUGAACGAGAUCGUGUCCCUCUGGGGCUCACCCUGGAUCUCCGCCCUGGACUCCUUUCCUCUGCUCAGGAAGCUGCCCAACCCCCCCUUCUCUCAUUUACUGAAAGAAGUGGAAAGGAGAGACAAGAUCAUCAGAGGACACCUUGACGACCACAAGAUGAAGAUUCAGGACAAAGAGACAGAGGACACCAUUACUGCCGCCCUUCUCCAACACCUGGACAAGCCAGGAGAGCGGAACAACAAAGCGACACUGACGGAGACUCACCUGCACAUGUCUACAGUGGACCUGCUCAUCGGGGGCACAGAGACCACGGCUGCUUGGCUGUACUGGACAGUGGCCUUUCUGCUGCACAGGCCAGAGGUGCAGUGGCGCGUGUACAACGAGCUGCGCUCGGUGCUGGAGGGUCGGUACCCGCAGUACAGUGACAGACACAGGCUGCCCUGCCUGUCUGCCCUGAUCAGCGAGGUGCUGAGACUCAGACCCGUGGCUCCGCUUGCGGUUCCUCACCGCGCUACUAAGGACAGCAGCAUUGCCGGUUACUUCAUCCCAAAGGACACCAUCAUCAUCCCGAACCUGUAUGGCGCUCACCACGACCCGGCCGUCUGGCCCGAGCCCAAGGCCUUCAAGCCAGAGCGCUUUCUGGAGGGGGGAGGGGCCACCACCCGAGCCCUACUGCCCUUUGGAGGUGGAGCGAGGCUGUGCCUGGGAGAGUCCAUCGCCAAGAUGGAGCUCUUCCUCUUUACCGCCUACUUGCUGCGUGAUUUUCAAUUCCUUCCACCUGCAAAUAAUGCCCCUCUGCCAGACCUCAAGGGGGUGGCCAGCGUGGUGCUUAAAGCCAAGCCGUUCCGCGUCAUCGUGCGUCCUCGGCCUUUGUAGCGGCCGGAAAAUCAAAAUAAUAUAAAGUUUGAUGAGGUUACUAAGUAGGAACUGAUGGCAAAUGUGUCUGAUGACAUGAGUUCUUACUCUCCAUUUUAAAAUUCCAUACUUUUCAGACUGUAGUGGGGGAUGGAGAUGGUGCCCCCCCUCAGAAGGUGGCACCCUUGGCAAUUGCUCAUCUUGGCAGGACCUUGCUGGGAUCCACCAUUACUGGCUGCAACUACGCGGCUUAUGAUCUAUCCAUGUUCAAAAUGUCAAACAUUGUCACUCAUUUUUUUUUUUUUUUUGUUACACGUGCAUUUUGCUUUCUGUUCACGUUCGGGAUCCUUAGCCAAUAUUUGGGAUUGGCGAGUUUAGUAGGAGGAAGCUUGUAUUUCCUCAUUGUGAGUAUUAUAAGUUGAAAAGUAGCCCUCGUGAAUAUUUGUUGGAGAUCAAUCAAGCUUGCAGCCAUCAGACACAGCAUCUAGUCCCUCCUUUGCUCUUCAAAGUGCAGUCUGUGCAGAUUCUAUAGCUGACAACCAGUUCACACCGGUAUUUUAAUCAAAAACGUUACAUUCAGAUCACAGUCAGGUGGUUUCAUUAAGAACACAUAGAAGGGUGUUUUGCCGCAAUAGUCUGGAAACAAAAAUGUUUCUUUAAUUUCUUCCCCAUUUUCAUACUUAUCCUAACUAGGAAAACAUCCAAAAUCAAAUUCUAUACUGUGCAGAAACCUGGAAAUAACCACAUGUGCAUCGUUUUCUCAGCUCUCAAGCUACUUAUUACAGCUUCCCAAUUGUCCCUAAAUUGAUAUUUAUUGCAUUUAUGAUUGUAGCUGGGUUUGACCAAUGGAGUAUGUUCACCUAAAAAAACACAGAAAUACUACGUGUGAAAGUGCUGGAUGUGGACAGUAUGUGGAAUCUGGAGGAACACUGGGAGAAAUCGCACACAGGCAAGCAGGUUCAGACACUCGAUCAUCGGUCUAACUUUACUUAUUACUUUUCCAAUGUUAUUUAAAAUAACUUUAAUAUUAUAGCAUAACCCAUAAUUACAUUUUGUAUUAGUAAUUACAUUAUUUAUUUGAAGAUAACUAAGUUAAAUUAUCUGUUCUCAGGUGAAUAUCAUGCAUUUAUCUUCAUAAUAAAUUUUUAUUAAACCUU